AUGACUCUCGAAAGCGACGCAGUAGCUGGAGCGACCAUCGAACUCCUUGAGGCGCGCCUGCGCCGCCUCACCUACCUCCUCACCGGCACCACAGACUGGACCGGAAUUCCCACCACCCCCGAAAAGCCCGCAUCACUCGAUGAGACAGUCUCCCGUCGACUCGCACAGCUAGAAACAGAACUGGCACGCCUUAGCCGGAGGGUACCUGCCGUAAGGGACAUUCUGCAACUUCACGACCGCAGCCCCGACCUCUUCCAAACAACACCACCCCAAGAAAUCCCCGAAGGUCUGACAACCCAGACCCUGGCCUCAAUAGUCCUCUCCUACGCCACCGCUUUCCCUGAAACUGCCUCACGUCUCACAUCACUUAACGACCUGCCUGUACCAGACGCAGAGAGCUCUGCAGCACUGAUCGAGCUGCAGCCGCAAUUAGACCGAGUCGCGCAGAUGCAAAACGAACAGGCAGCUGAGAUUUCGGAACUGCGGAUUCGCACAGCACGCGUUUUACAGCGUUGGUAUGAUGUUGGGAUUGUUGGGAGUGGGGAGUGUUGGGCUGAGUGGGAGGGCAGACUUGAAGAUGUUGAGAGGGAGGUUAGGAGGAGGGAGGUGACUAGGCAAAGGAGAGAAGAGGAAGUAUAG